AUGGGGGUGUGUCAGAAUGUUAUUGUUCUGCCCGUGAUCCUGACCGUGAUUCUGCCCGUGAUUCUGCCCGUGUUUUCGCCCGUGAUUUUGCCCGUGAUUCUGCCUGUGAUCCUGCCCGUGUUGCUGCCCGUUCCCGUGCCAUACUGCCCGUGCCCACCCGUGUCUCCCGUUGCUGCCCGUGUUCUACCCGCGCCCAGUGUCCCCCGUUCUGCCCGUGCUGCCUGUUCUGCCCGUGCUGCCCCGUUGUGCCCGUGUUGCCCCGUUCAGCCCUUGUCCUGCCCCGUUCUUCCUGUGCAGCCCCGUUGUCCCCGUGUUGCCCCGUUCUGCCUGUGUUGCCCCGUUCAGCCCGUGAUCUGCCCUGUUCAGCCCGUGUUGCCCCGUUCUGCCCGUGUUGCCCCGUUCAGCCCGUGUUCUGCCCUGUUCUGCCUGUGUUGCCCCGUUCAGCCCGUGUCCUGCCCCGUUCAGCCCGUGUUGUGCCAUGUUCUGCCCGUGUUGCCCCGUUCAGCCCGUGUCCUGCCUCGUUCUGCCCGUGUUGCCCCGUUCAGCCCGUGUCCUGCCCCGUUCUGCCCGUGUUGCCCUGUUCUGCCCGUGCUGCCCCGUUCUGCCCGUUUGUGCCCUACCCGUGCUGUCCGUACCCGUUGGUGCCCCACCCGUGCUGUCAGUUCUCGCUCGUGCCCCACCCGGUCUGUGCUGCCCAGUCUCGUGCUGCUCGUCACCCCCGUGCGGCCCGUCCCGUACAGCACCUAG